AUGUCAUCCGGAAGGAGCAAAGCUGUAGCUGUCGGGUUGGGAACGAACACGGAAUCCACCGAGAACGCCAACGUGAUAGGGGAGAGCGAGGGAUGUCCAGUAAAUCUAACCCACGAGACAAGCGACCUUUCAGAAGUCAAUAUCAUUGUUGACCUCGAAAAGGGACACAUCGGCCAUGGCCCGAGCCGGUGGCAUGGCAGGUUUCACCCUCGUGUUGUAUUGCCCAAGCAAGUGGUGCGCUGCCCCAUAACCAACCUCCCCAUUGAAGAUGGAAUUGUAAGCCCCACAGAUGGGCUCACUUACGAGCGAGACUCGGUUCAGAGAAGGGAUUGCGAGAGCGCAUUGGACUAUUACCCCAACCGAGCCCUGAUGGAGUACCUGGCACCAGUCACUGACCCGCUCAAGGAAAUUCAACCAAGCAGCAACGAAAGAGGUGUCUUCCUUUGCCCAAUCACACAGGACUUGCUGCGAGAUCCAGUCAUUGACCCAGAAGGCUACACCUUUGAGCGAAACGCCGUUGAAGAAUGGAUUCGGAACCAUGGAGUCUCGCCCAUCACACGCAAACCACUACAUGUGGAUGAUCUAUACCAAAAUACCACGCUGCUAGCUGUGCUGAUACGGGAAGUACAACGACAAACGGACAUGGGAAUAAUCAAGGAGUGCGAUGCAAUCAACGAAUGGAAGAAAGACAUAAAAUCUGGUUCUACAGGACCAAACUAUCAGCUCAAACGCUCAAGCAGCGGCACCUGUGCCGGCAGGCCGCACCGCGAGUCUCAGGACUCCGACAUCGACGAUCCUGACUUCUUAAGACGGGCAGGGAUAUGGAGUGCCCUGGUUGUCAUUACUGUGGUUGCAUUGAUGAAUAUGCAGAGGUUCAACGCAACAUCCGUCGUUAUUGUGUUCUUGGUUAUUGUAUUGUUUGUUCUGCUGUUCUACCCGGGCCUGACACCAUCAGCAUCAACAACAACAAAUCACCCCACAACGUCGGCUACGAGUACGCAGACAUGA